CUCUUAACAUAACCUAACGAUGUGUCAGUGUAACAUGUGGAAAUUUAAACUUUAUUAAUAUCUUGAGUGUUAUUGAGUGUUAUACUUUAAUUAUCAAAAUGUCCACUCCAGAAGAUUUUACUGCUCACAAGCAGCACAGGGAUAGUAAAUCUGGUCGGAAAGCUGAUAAGAAAAAAGAAAAGAAGAAGAAACCUUUGGAAGGAGAUCCCAAAAAGAGAAAUCCCAAGGCUUUUACAUUCAACUCGGCAGUCAAGGCAGAAAGACGAUUUAGGCGUAAACAAGAUGUUGACACAAAAAAGCAACACAUUCCUCUUAUUGAUCGAACACCUUUGGAACCUCCACCAGUCCUGGUUGCUGUGGUGGGGCCCCCUAAAGUGGGAAAAUCCUUACUCAUUGAGUGCCUUGUAAAAAAUUUCACAAAACAACCACUUUCCAACAUUACUGGACCUGUGACAGUAGUAGCUGGUAAACGCAGGCGAAUCACGUUUCUUGAGUGCAACAAUGACAUAAACAGUAUGAUAGACAUUGCCAAGGUUGCUGAUUUGGUUCUGCUUCUUGUCGAUGGCUAUAACAAGUUUGAGAUGGAAACAUUUGAGUUUCUUAAUAUAUGCCAAGUUCAUGGUAUGCCACGUAUCAUGGGUGUUUUAAACCAUUUGGAUUUAUACAAAAAUGCCAGACAAAUGAGAAAGACAAAAAAGGAGUUGAAACGCAGAUUUUGGACAGAGGUUUAUCAGGGAGCAAAGUUAUUUUAUUUGUCUGGUUUGUUGCACGAUGAAUACAUGCGCCAGGAAAUUAAAAAUCUGGCCAGGUUUAUAUCAGUCAUGAAAUUCAGACCCAUUACCUGGAGGAGUACACAUCCUUACUUACUCGUUGAUCGUGUCGAGGACUUAACUGAUCCAGAAUUGAUGAGACAGAACAGUAAGGUUGACAGAAAUAUUUCACUAUAUGGCUAUGUACGAGGUGUACCUUUUCAUAAUCAGUCUUCCAUUCAUAUUCCUGGCUGUGGAGAUUUAAAGAUCAAGGAUAUAAGUUUUUUGCCAGAUCCAUGUCCACUACCAGAACACUUAAAAAAGAGAGCUUUGGUGGAAAGAGAGCGUUUGAUAUAUGCACCGUUUUCUGGAGUUGGUGGCAUUGUUUAUGACAAAGAUGCAGUUUACAUCGAAUUAGGUGGAAGUCAUCAUCACAAUAAAGACGACGAUACUGGUUUAGUAAGCCAAUUGCUUCAGACUCAAGAAACUUUAGAUCAUAAACUGGAGAAGAGUGAACUUCAGUUAUUUACCGGCUCAGUUCCCAUAAAGUCUCAAGAUGUCAAGCAAAUAUUUAUGGAAGAAGGAGAUUACAACGAAAAAAAAUUGGGAAAACAAGGUGAUGUCAACGGCUUUUUAAACGAUAAUGACGAUGAUGGUGAUGAUAGUGAUGAGCAGAGUGAAGAUGGAAUGGAUGUAGAUAAUGAUGAUGAAAGUGAUACAGAACAGGAAAAAUCAUGCGAGAGUGAAGAUGAAGACGAAGAUAAAGACGACGAGGAAGAUCCCAACGAUGCAGACACGUCAUCAAAUAAAAGAAAAGCUGCUCAAAAACUGUCAGGCAAGAAAAAAAUGAAGUUGGAAAUAUCAGCACCCAAGGAAGACGAAGAAAGUACAAAAGUUUACCGAAAAUUACACAUUAAUCAAGAUGAGCACGUGAAAAACAAAAUUUCGGAAGUACUGGACCUUGUGGACAGCAUUGAUUCUAAAAAGUCAAAAUUUAGUAAGCGACCCAAAGAAGAUAGCGAUAACGAAAGUUUUGAUGAACUGAGCGAGGAUGAAGAAGUAGAUUUUGAGUCGAAACUCGAAAAAGAUGAGGUGGGUGAAGAUAAUGAAGGUGAUGAAGAGGAGGAAGAAAAUCAAGGCGAGGAUGAAGAGAAUGACGAUGACAGUGAAGAGGAAGAUGAUUCGCCAGACAAUUUGAAAUGGAAAAGGAACAUAGCUGAACGAGCGCGUGAAGCUUUCUUGCAGCGUCAACAGAAAAACGUUAAUCUGCAGCGCCUAGUUUAUGGGGUCUUUGACGAGAGUAAAUUAGAAAAGAAAGAACAAAAGGAAGAAAGAGAUGCAAAUGAUGAUGAAAACGAGCUCGGUGGUAUAUUCCGUGUCGUUCAAGAAAAACAAAAACGGAUGAUUGAGGAGCGUGAACUCAAGAAUCAAGAAGAAUGUGUGUUUUAUUCCAAGGAACCACCUCGUGAUUGGCUUGAAGAAAGUAACAAAGACCUUUUGAUCAAUCGCUUUGUCACUGGCAAGUGGAAAGAAUCCGAGGAUGCAGAGACUCUUUUGAAAUUAGACGCUUUGGACGACGGCGAAGUCUUUGACGACUUUGAGGAUUUGGAAACUGGCAAAAAGUUCACAGCCGAGGAACAAACUAAAAAAGAAGAUGGUGAGUCGGAGGAAACAAAAGAAGAUGACGCCGAGCACAAAAAACUCCUCGAGAAGAAAAAGAAACUCAAAGUGCAGUUUGACAUGGAGUACGAUACGACCGACAAAACGUACUACGACGACCUGAAGGAAGAAUGCCAGCGCCAAGCAAAUCUGAACAAAUCCGAGUUUGAAGGCCUGGACGAUUCGAUUCGCGUGACCCUUGAGGGCUACCGUCCUGGUAUGUACGUGCGUCUCGAGAUCGAUAACGUACCCUGCGAGCUCAUCGUCAAUCUCGACCCCAGCUAUCCAAUGGUCGUCGGUGGCUUGCUCCCUGGCGAAGAGAACAUCGGCUACGUACAAACGCGUUUCAAAAAGCACAGGUGGUAUCCGAAAAUACUGAAAAGCAAGGAUCCCAUCAUUAUGUCUGUUGGAUGGAGGAGAUUCCAAACUAUAGCCAUAUACUCGCAGUUAGAGCACAAUAUGCGUAACAGAAUGCUAAAGUACACGCCGGAGCACGUGUCGUGUAUGGCACACUUUUGGGGUCCGAUCACGCCUCAGGGUACGGGAGUUCUCGCUGUUCAGGACGUAUCCAGGGUCGACCGGAACUUCCGCAUCAUCGCGACGGGCUCAAUCGUCGAAGUGGCCAAGAGCAGCAAAGUAAUGAAAAAACUCAAGCUGAAGGGCGUGCCUUACAAACUGUUCAAAAAGACGGCUUUCAUAAGAAACAUGUUCACCUCGAGACUGGAAGUAGCCAAGUUCGAGGGUGCCAAGAUCAAGACGGUCUCGGGUAUCCGAGGUAUGAUCAAGAAGCCUGUCUGGGACGAUAAGCUCGACGGUGCCUUCCGCGCCACGUUCGAGGACAAAAUACAACUCUCCGACAUCGUCUUCUGUCGCACUUGGUACCCCGUCGAGAUUCCACGCUUCUACAACCCCGUUACCUCGCUUCUGCUGCCUCUCAAUCAAAAGAACAGUUGGACGGGCAUGAAGACCAGCGGCCAGCUGAAACACGAACUGAAUAUCCAUGUCGAGCCGAAUCCGGACAGUUUCUACACGCCAAUCGAGCGCGAGCCCAAAUUUUUCAAGCCACUGUUCGUGCCUAGAUCUCUGCAGAAGGAAUUACCCUAUCAGGACAAGCCAAAAGUAGCGGCCAAGUUCUGCAAGCGCAAGCAAUUCGACAAGCAACGGGUGGCCGUAGUCAGAGAUCACAAGGAAGCGAACGUCGCGAGGCUGAUGAAAAUGAUUAGGACCAACUACGCGCACAAGGAGCUCAAGAACAAGGAGGCCACGCACAAGAGGAUGGAAGCGCUGAAGAAACGCUACGAAGAGGAGGAGGCCAAAAAACUCAAGCGCCAGAGGGUAAUGAAGAAGCAGAUAUUCAGCGAUCUUGCGAGGAUGGACAAGAAAAAUAAAAAUAAGGCCAAGUAGCGGGAUUCGAGGUGUUGAUAAGUUGUUCUUUUGUAAAUAAAUAUCAUUUAUUAUGUGUA